AUGGCUUGUCCCGGUCAACUUGAUCAGUACGGUAUUUGGAAUAAUGGUUUCGAUUGUCUGCCAAUUAACGGACGGUCACGUGUAUGUUGUCAAUCCGGAAGUAAAAAAGAAUGCUGUUUUAUCGAUCAAUUGAGGCCGGAUAUAAAUGAUAUCGAUAAUAACUCAGUUCAUUCCAAUCGUGUUCUAUUAUUAUCUCCCUCCACAUUAUCAUCGAUUUUACAUAAAAAUGGUAGUUCAUAUAAUUUCCUGAUGAUCGGCAUUGGAAUCUCAGUUUGUCUUUUAAUUAUUUGUCUUGUUAUUAUUAUGUAUUUAUUAAAAAAGAGAUGUACUUUAUUACACUCGCGAGAUUCAAGACAAAAUUCUGAUGAAAGUCGAUUUUCUGGUAGUAGUAAAUGUUUAGAUAGUUAUUCCGAUUAUUGGAACAGAGCGAGUAUUCUACCAGCAGGAUGGACAUUACCAAAAAAUUUUAAUGAAAAUAUUGGAACAACAUUUUAUAACUAUAGUGAUAAUUAG